AAUCUCCACAUCCCAUCAGCCCUUUAGGCCGCUGUUGCCUGGUGUGUAUGGGAAUCGAGACUUUCUGUUGACCCCUGGUAAAAAUCCGUCCAAAUCUCCAAGUUAUUUGCAUCAUCUGUGCACGUCAGUACUGAUUUUGUGUAGUAAACAGUCAAAAGAUUAGAAAAAUGCCAGAGAACGCAAGCUCGGGAGCCAAAUCGGGCGGCAGGGGCCAGUACAAAGAUCGUGAAAAGCCGGAGUAUAUCAGAACGAGUAACAUCACAGCUGCCAAAGCUGUGUCAGAUGCCAUCCGGACUAGCUUGGGACCAAAGGGAAUGGACAAAAUGAUCCAGGCAUCCAAUGGAGAUGUGACCAUCACAAAUGACGGAGCCACUAUCCUCAAGCAGAUGCAAGUACUGCAUCCAUGUGCAAAAAUGCUUGUGGAGCUGUCCAAGGCCCAGGAUGUAGAGGCUGGAGAUGGGACCACAUCAGUUACUGUUAUUGCCGGCAGUCUGCUGGAUGCUGCAAGCAAGUUGUUGCAGAAAGGUAUCCACCCAACCACAAUCUCAGAGGCAUUCAAGAAAGCAGCAGCCAAGUCCGAGGAGAUCCUGAGUGAGACGGCCACUCCUGUGGACCUGGCUGACAGGGACUCUCUCGUCAAAAGUGCCUCAACGUCUCUCAACUCAAAGGUUGUUUCGCAGUACUCCUCCCUGCUGGCCCCCAUGGCUGUGGAUGCUGUGAUGAGGGUCAUUGACCCCACCACUGCUAAAAACGUCGACCUUAAGGACAUCAAGAUGAUCAAGAAGCUUGGUGGUACUAUUGAGGACUCGGAGCUGAUAGAUGGCGUAGUGUUUGAUCAGAAGCAUGCCGGGGCACCGGGCGCUCCAUCCAAGAUGGAGAAGGCUAAGAUUGGCCUCAUCCAGUUCUGCCUGUCACCUCCCAAAACUGACAUGGAGAACCAGGUUAUCGUGUCGGACUACACCCAGAUGGACCGCGUGCUGCGGGAAGAGAGAGCCUACAUUCUCAACCUGGUCAAGCAGAUUAAAAAGGCCGGCUGCAACGUGCUCCUCAUUCAGAAGUCCAUCCUGAGAGAUGCUGUGAACGACCUUGCUCUUCACUUCCUGGCCAAGAUGAAGAUUAUGGUGGUCAAGGACAUUGAGAGGGAGGAGAUAGAGUUUGUCUGCAAGAGCCUUGGCUGUCGGCCCAUCGCCAGCAUUGAUCACUUCCAGCCUGACAUGCUGGGACAGGCUGAGCUGGUGGAGGAACUACAGGUCGGCUCCGGCAAAGUGGUCAAGAUCACAGGAGUUCAGAACCCAGGCAGGACUGUGUCAGUAGUACUGAGGGGCUCCAACAAACUAGUUCUGGAGGAGGCUGACCGCUCCCUCCACGAUGCACUGUGUGUCAUCAGAUGUCUGGUCAAGAAGAGAGCUCUGAUAGCUGGUGGAGGAGCCCCAGAGAUUGAGCUGUCUGUACGUCUGAGCGCGUACUCGCGUACCCUGUCGGGCAUGGAGGCGUACUGCAUCCGGGCCUUCGCUGAAGCCCUAGAGGUCAUCCCGUACACGCUCGCCGAGAACGCCGGCCUGAACCCCAUCGGCACGGUCACGGAGCUACGGAACCACCAUGCGGAGGGGAUGAAGACUGCCGGCAUCAAUGUUAGAAAGGGCUGCAUCACCAACAUCCUGGAGGAGAAUGUUAUCCAACCGCUGCUGGUGUCUGUCAGCGCAGUAAAGCUAGCAGCAGAAACCGUCACUCAGAUUCUCAAAAUUGAUGACAUUGUCAACACUCGCUAGUACAAGAACUGUUGGAGGAGAAAUUUCCUCAGUCAACUAGGAGAUGAUUUUGCAUGUCGACGUCUACGUUUAAUAGCAAUCUGAAUUUUUUUUCAAUUCUUGAUUUAUAUUAUAUCUACCAUUGAAAAGUACAUGUUGUCCUUGUUAAUUUAUGGCCAUGUACUUGUCACGAAAGAAGAGCAUGUCAGCAGAACGUACUGCGCCUACGUGAAACCAGUCAUAGCACUUCAGCAGAACGUCUCAUUCGCGUAUUGAAGGAUGACAUUCCGUCUAGUUUUCCAAUGUUGUUUCGGAAAAGAUAUUGUCUGCAACGGGCAAAAUUCUGAUGCAAUGUUGACCAGACAUCCAAUGAAAGCUAUGAAAAAUACUGGUUUCGCACAGGCACAGUACGUUCUACCGAUAUGCUCGAAAGAAGGAGCUUAACACGAAAAACUUGCAGUGUCGGUAUACAUGUACUAGUUAUUAAGUGCAAAUGAGAUCUACACUUAUUCUGUAUACAUACAGCCACCAUGUAUUGUGUGUGAGAGUGAAACUUUAUACAUAAAUU